AUGAUUUGGAGCAACGACGACGACGAUCAGGAUAUGGCCAACGCCACUGCGUCAUUGCCAACGUUAUUAUGCACAGCUGAAAGCGUCAAAAUCCUUGUGACUCUACUGAGUUGUUUGACACAUGGUAAGCGUGAUGAGCGCGUACGUUGCGACGUGGAUAGACGCGGUUUGCUCUUCACGGCGCAUUCAAAAGGAAAAUCUCUACAGCUGAAAACUUCAAUUGGUCGGGAGCUAUUUGAGAGCUAUCAAUUCGGUAUUAUUCGUGAUUCAGACGUGAUAGAAGAGCAACACGAAGAUGAUGAAGUAAACGAUGAGGUUCAAGUGAGUUUUGCACUUAAUGUGAAUCUACUGAUUGAAUGUCUGUCUAUGUUUGGACCCUCUGCUCUCGUGACGACAUCACUUCGAAUGACAUACAAACCUGAGAGUGCUAGUUUAUUGCUGGUUGUGGAAGAUAAUGGUGUUAUGUGCGAGUGCUCAAUGCAAGUGCUAGAACAUGAAGGAGGAGACUUGAGCCAGUUGGAGUUUGAGAGCUCGUUUGAACAGUCAGCGGUGGUAGCACGCUGCAUCAUGCAGUCGGAACCACUUCGAGACGCUUUUUCUGAGCUCUAUGACUUACCCAGUGCGGCAAGUGUGACCAUCUCUAUGGCAGAUGAAGAUAAUAGAAAUCCUGACAAUAGGUCAGAAAGAAAAUGUCUGAGCUUGAGCGCGACAUCAGAGACUGGGUCGUGCGAGAUCAGCUUUGCACCCACAUCGUCUGCGUUCAUCGAGUUUUCGUGCGCUCCGAUCGCCGAAGGCAAUUGUACUGGAAGCUAUGGCGCUACUUUUCAUGUUGCAGUGCUGCAGCAAGCAUUUAAGGCGCUUGCAUACUCCAAUGAAACGUUUCUUCGUAUGAACGGUGAUGGCUUCCUGUCGAUUCAGCACAUGGUUGAAAGCGGUACAGGUGACAAAGCUUUCGUUGAUGCCUUGAUCAGCCCCGAGGACACGUCCGUUGCGUAG